GCCGCAGUGCGUGUGACGUCACCAGAAGAGGGCGGUCAUAGAGGUGAGAGUGUGUGAGAUCUACAUGGGUUGCCAAGAUGACAGCAACUACACGUCAGCAAGUUCUUGGUCUGUAUCGCAAGAUUUUCAGGAUUGCAAGAAAAUGGAAGUCUGUGUCUGCACUGGAAGAAGAUGCCAGCAAAGAAAAACAGUAUAUAGUUGAAGAAGCCCGGCACUUGUUUCACAAAAAUAAACAUGUAACACAUAUUGAAACUAUCCAGCAAUGCAUAGGAGAAUGCAACGCAAGGAUUGAGAUUGGUUUACAUUAUGGAAUCCCAUACCCAAGACCAACCCACCUACCUCCCAUGGGGCUGUCACUGUCUCACAGUAAAAAGAUGACCAGACAAGACAAGCUGAGGAAGCAAGCUAAGCCUCUGUAUCUGAAGUCGCAUGAUGAGAUCUCAUAGUGCCUCCAGGACAU